AUGCUCUUUAUUCGCCAUAAUUGGUAUAUCUUCCUUUUUUUUUUGUUUUUUUUUUUGUUUUUUUUUUGUUUUUCCUUAAAAGGAAAUUGUUUUACAUUCUUUAAAAAACAUAAUCCAUUGAUUAUCACACAAAACUGGGAAAGAGAUGUUUCUUUAAAAAUCAAUUUUUUUAAAAAUAAAAAUAAAAAUAAAUUUAAUUUGAAAAAUGAAAAAUAUAAAGACAACUUGAUUGUAGAAUGUGAGGAUAAUAAAAAUGACGAAAAUAAUAAACUUAAUCGAAAUAAAAAUAUAAUAAAAAAAAUAAAUAAAAAAAAAUAUAACACAAUUUCCAAUGAUAAAAUAACAAGGGACAAACCCCAUAUCUACAAAUCAAUCUAUUUGAAUAAAAAACAAAAGUACAAUAAAAAGGAUGUGAAAAAAAUUAAGAAAAUUCUCAAAAAUGGAAAAAAUAAAAAAGAAAAAAUAAAACAAAGUUGGGGAAAAAAAAAAGAAAAAAAAAAAGAAAAAAAAAGAAAAGAACAAAAUGGGGCGAAAAAAAUAAAAAAACAAAGUUGGGAAAAAAAAAAAGAGCAAAAAAUACUAGACAUGUUUGACAAAGAUCUAAAUCAAUCUAUUCAAAAAUUAAACAUAAAAACAAGGAAAUUUGAAAUGCAUAAAAAUAAGCAAAAUGCAAAACCAGAUAUUGUCGAAAAUGAGAUCCUCCGAAAGAUAGCCGCCCCAACCAAAGCAGAAAAUAGAGAAGCGAAAAAAAGAGAAGCGAAAAAUAGAGAAGCGAAAAAUAAGGAAGCGAAAAAAAGUGGCGAACUAAAAACCGAACAGCCAUCUCCUAACUGUGGCCAAGUCAAAACCGAGCAGCCAUCUCCUAACUGUGGCCAAGUCAAAACCGAGCAGCCAUCUCCUAACUGUGGCGAAACAAAAAACGACGUUUCUAACGAAUUUGACAUAGGGAAAAUAUUAAAAAUUGGGAAUAGCAUAGAUGGUUUCCAAAAGGAAAUCGAAAUUAAAAGUGAUGCUUCUAAUCAGUUUGAAAGUCAAGUUAGAAGAUUGAAACUAUUUAAGACCAUUGUAGAUUUUAGCGAGCCAUUAAAAAGGGAUGAAAAAAAUGGUGAAAAUUGUGAAAAAGGUGAAAAAAGUGAUGAAAAAGGUGAAAAAAAUGAUGAAAAAAAUGAUGAAAAUUGUGAAAAAAAUAAAACGUGCACAUUUAAAAAUAUUGGAAUUUACGACAACUUUAUUAAUGUAUAUUUAAAAUAUAACAAUAUUAAUACCCCAACAUUUUAUCAAAAAAAAAUAAUUCCAUUAAUUAUUUAUUUUUUAAAUAGUGGAUACUACGAUUUGAUUAGAUAUACAAACGGAAUUGAUUCAAAAAUUGAUUCAGAAAUUGAUUCAGAAAUUGGAAAUGAAAAAAAAACCAAACAAAUAAUAUAUGUAAAUAAAUAUAAUAAAACUAAUAAACAUCUAAUAAGAACUUUUUUUUUGCAUUGUCCGACUGGAACUGGAAAAACAUUUAUGUAUUUACUUCCAAUUUUUCAGCAAAUUACUAAUUUACAAUUUUUUGAAAAUAAUAAAACUAAAGAAAUAUAUAAUAAUAAAGAAACAAAAGAUGAACUAUUUUACAAAACCAAACAAAUAAAUGACAUUACCUCCUUUUGUUGUUCUAAUCAGGUCAACACAGAUCUAUUUAUCAAUAAAAAUUCUGAAAAUAUCAAAAAUAACGUUUUGAAUUAUGCCCGGGGUGGUCAACAUGGUCGACAAAAUGGUCAACAGUGUAGACAAAAUGGCCAAAUAGGGGAUAUCCUCAUUUUGACAUAUAAUAAAGAAGUGGCUGUACAAAUAUAUGAAUUAUAUAAAGAUAUAAUAAAUUCAUUUUACAAAUCUUAUUCUUCUAAUUUUUUUGAAAUAAAUAAUUCUUUAACACGAUUCAAAUAUAUUUCUGAAGAAGAACAAAAAUAUCUUGAAAAAAUUAACAUCUUUUAUAAAAAUAAAAUUAAUAUGAAUGUUCAUUUAUUAAUAGGUGGAAAUAAUAUCAAAUAUCAAUUAAAAAAUUUAAGAGCAAAAAAAAUAAAUAUUACAAAAGAAAAUGAACAAUCUUCCCCUCUCUCCAGUCUCGCAAAUAGCCCCAAAACGGAAAGUGAAAGAAGCGAAAGUGAAAGUGGAGAUUGCGAAAGCAUUAUAAAUGUAAACAUUUAUGUCGGAACCCCAGGAAGGGUAUGCACAAUAAUGAAUGAAAAAAAAGCCAUAAAUUUAGAAAAUAUCCGCACCAUUAUUUUUGACGAAUAUGAUUUUUUUUUUAACAAAUUCGAGAAGAACCAAGUUGAGAAGAACAAAUUCGAACUGGAAAAUGUGUUUUUUUCUCAAAUUUUAAAAAAUAUUUACAUAAAAAAAAAAAAAAAAAAAAAAAAAAAACCUUCAAUUACAAACGUAAUAUGUUGUAGUGCGACACCUGCUAUAUAUCAAUAUCUUAUAUACACCAAACAUUUAAUUUCAGAACAUUUUUUAACUAAUAUUUUAGGAGAUAAUAUAAAACGAGAAAAAAUAACCAACCAACCAACCAAUACCUCUCCAAUAAAUUAUGAAAAAGAAAAAAAUAUAAUUAACACAUUGUUUAAAAUAGAAGAGACAUUUAAGAUUCCCGAAAAUUUAAUACAUUUUAACUAUUGCUAUGAUAAAAAAAGUCAGAUAAAAAAUAGUAAUAAUGCGAUAUCUAGCUUUUUAAAAAUUCUUUUUUCCAACCCUCUCAACAAAAAUGUUUUGGUCUUCUGCAACACAAAGGUGAGUCGAAGCACGCUGCACAGUUUGCACAGUUUGCACAUUUUCCACAUUUUCCACAUUUUCCACAUGUUUUCUUCCCAUUUUUCUUCCCAUUUCUCUUCCCAUUUUCCACGCGGGCAGAAACGAGUCAUGGAUCUUUGGAGUUUAUUUCGAAACCGAUUUGACAUUGACAUACAAACAGUUUUUUCCGGAAAUGAAAAAAAAAAAAAAAAAAUAUUCAAAGAUAUAAAUUAUGCGAAUUUUUCUAAAAAUGACUUAGUCAAUUAUAAAAAUUUAAAAAAAUAUGUCAACUUUUUAUUUAUAUCUACUAAUUUGUUAUAUAGAGGAAUUAAUUGUAUUGGUUUUACAACUAUCAUAAAUUUUGACAUGCCUCAAAGUUAUACUGAAUACGUACAUAGAUGUGGGCGAAUAGGCAGGGUAAACAACAAAGGGGCUAUAUUUAAUAUUUUUGAAAAACAAGAUAAAAAAAAAUAUAUAAAAGAUAUAUUUAACAAAAUAAAUAUAAAACCGUUUGAUAUAGAUUGUUAUAUGAAUAACAUUUUUACUUUGAAAAAGUAA